AAAGCUUUUAAAACAAAAAUAAUAUUGGGACCGUAUAAAAGGACCCCGGGGGAUACAAAUAUUUUAGCCUUUAAAAAGCCGGUUACUUGCUUUAAGUACGGGCAAUUAAAUUACAUCGCUAUAGCAUGCAAAAUACGAACGAACAACCCGAAAACCCCGUUGGCCUUAGCGACCAUACAAAGGGCAAAAAGGAAAAGGCUUAAAAUACGGUGUUACGGGUAUAAAAAGCUAAGCCAUAUCCGGCCGGCGUGCUUUAAAAAAAGCAAAAUAUUGCUACCCAAUUCGAUACCGCUAUUUGGCCGUUUAAGCACCGGGGUUUAA